UAAGACUUAUUCAAUCAAUAAACCACAUUAUGUUUUGUUGCCUACCAUCUAAAGAGAAGAGAAUACAGAUAACCAACACAGAAGUAGUUGAAGAAAAACAAUCCGCUGAAAAAGUUUAUUUGCGUAAGGAAUACAUGGGUUCAACCACAGCAGUUGAGAAGUGGAAGAGGGAUACUCCCCCAUCUCACUUCAUUUUUAUGAUACGUUCCUUUUCUCAACUCUCACAAUCUGGAAUUCAGAAACUCGAAUCUGGAGUUUUUCAAGCCUGUGAUAAAAAAUGGAAGUUAUGUGUUCAUUAUGACAAGGGGGAUAAGAAAGCGGAUGGUGAAGAUGAUGACGGUCGCAUCUCCCUCUACUUACAAAUAGUUGAAACUGAAAGUCUUCCACGGGGAUGGGAGGUUCAUGCAAAGUUUAAUCUCUUUGUUUACGAUCAAAUCAAUGACAGUUAUUUGACAAUCCAAGAUGGGGGUGGCAAAGUGAGGCGUUUUCACUACAUGAAAACUAAAUGGGGUUUGGAUGAGUUACUUCCAUUGUCAACUUUCACCAAUCCAUCCAAUGGGUAUCUAGUCGAUGACACUUGUGCAUUUGGAGCUGAAGUUUUUGUACUUCCAAAUUCUACAAAACGUGAAUGCCAUUCCAUUAUGGUGAAUAAGGAUCCUGAAAACAACAUUCACACUUGGAAAGUAAGCGGCUUCUCGUCUAUAAAGACGGAAUCCGUUAAUUCUAAUGAGUUCUUCAUUCAGGGAAUCAAAUGGAUAUUAAGGCUAUAUCCCAAAGGGCACUCAACUGUGAAAGGCCAAAGUUUGUCCCUUUACCUGGCAUUGAUCGCUGCAGAGGAUGCUAAUAACAGCCCUAAUACUAAAUUGUACGCAAAGUAUAAGUUCCGGAUAUGCAAUCAACUCAACACACAACACCAUGAAACUUCAUGUCUGGAACGUGUUUUUGACGACCCUAAAAGGCCGAGCUAUGGCAUGCAAAAAUGUAUGCCCUUGAAGAUGUUGGAGAGUACUUCAGGAGGGUUUCUAGUAAAUGACACCCUGGUUGUAGAAGUUGAAUUUCUUCUUCUGUCUAAGGUUUCUGAUUUCUAGACAUCUAUCAAAGGCAGAUAAUCAUGAGAAGCAGUCCAAUACAGCCGGAAUGUUUAUAUUAAUAUUUAGUUAGUAUGGACUGUUAAAACUCAUACCAGUCAUGUGUAUUUGACGUUGAUUAUUCAUGCAAUGUAUAUGGUUAAAGAAUAAAUGAAAAUUAAAUACUCUACAUUACUUCAUCCAUGCUUGAGAAAUAUAAUUAUAAAAAGAUAAUAAUAAUAAAGAAAGACUAUCUUCA